AUGGGUAAAUUCAGCCUUCGAAAAGGCGACGACGACGACGAUUCCAGCAGACUCGCUCUGUUUGGCUCCAGAUCCAAGAGCAAAUCUCCUGCUCCUCCUUCCCAGAAUCCUUAUGCCUCCGCAAACCCUUAUGCACAGUCUGCUAUUCCUCCGGACCCGUACACCAAAGCCAAGAUGAGCGCUGGAGUUCUCCCUCCCCCAGGUCAAGGGGGCCCGCCAGCCCCGGGCAACUUCAGUGGCUUGCCUGGUCCGGGUCAACAGCGGCCGUCAUAUGGAAGGGACAACGUUUAUAGCAGUGCCUCAUCCGCUAGUUUUGCAGGCGACAACAAGUAUGGUCCUGCUCAAGGCGGAUACGGAGGUGGUAGUGGAUAUGGCUCAGACAAAUUCGGGAAUCAGAAUGGCUACGGAGGCGGCGCACCUGGCGGCAACCCAUAUGCAAGCGUUCAACAGACCAGUGGCACCUCACGGCAAGGAGGCUACGGAGGGUUAGGCUCGUCCAACCUCUACGAGAACGACAGUAAUCGCGACGAGUUGUUUGGCGGAGCACGAGAACGGCUUGAACAAAAGCAGCAAACUCAACCAAGUGGCCCCCCUGAUUAUGAAUAUAACUCUGGAGGUGAUGCUGGUGACCGUAGCUAUGGUGCAUAUGGCGACCGUCAAUUGACGGCAGAAGAAGAGGAGGAAGAGGACAUCAAUGCUCUGAAACAAGACAUCAAGUUCAUGAAGCAGCAAGAUGUGGCAUCAACCAGAAAUGCUCUUCGAAUUGCUGCCCAAGCUGAGGAGAUGGGGCGGAAUACCCUAGCCAGGCUCGGUGCACAAGGCGAGAGAAUGCAUAACACGGAUCGGAAUCUUGACCUCGGAAACAAUUACAUCAACAUCGCCGAGGACAAGACAAAGGAGCUCAAGACGUUGAACCGCAGCAUGUUCGCCGUCCACGUUAACAACCCUUUCACUGCCAAAGACAGACGUGCACGCCGAGAUGAACAAAUCAUGGACCGGCAUCAUGCUGAGAGAGAGGCUCGUGAGGCUACUCGAGAGGCAGCAUUCAGGAGUACCCAACGCAUGAAUCAAAAUUUUAAGGGUUUGGACGAUGCUGCAGCCGGCAGCGCCACCAAGACUAGUCUGGCUGAAAGGGCCAAGUACCAGUUUGAGGCCGACAGUGAGGAUGAGGCCAUGGAGAACGAGAUUGACCGGAAUCUCGACGACCUCACUGGGGCAGCCAAACGUCUUAAUCUCCUCGCUCGUGCCACGGGUCAAGAGGUUGAGGCCCAGAAUACACUAAUCACAAACAUUGCCGAGAAGAGCGACCGUUUCGACGACCGACUUCAUUUCCAGACCGAAAAGCUCAAGAGGAUACGUUAA